UUGUUUUACUGUUGUGACGUGACGUCAUUCGCGCGUUAAUUCAGCUUCAUCCACUUGACAGACGAGACUCAAAAUUCCCAAAUUUCUCGUUUUUUUGGCCCCUGUGUGAUCCUCCUGUAGUGAAAAGUGGUCUUUUAUAAGUAGAUUUGUUGGAAGAUAAGUGAUGUUAAAGCAGAAACAAAAUGGACCUCCUUACCAAAGCUGCCCAGUCUGUGUUUAAUGCUGAUAAUGAUGAAGAAUUGUGUGUACCACUGACACCAACCAAAGAUGUACAGCGUACUCCACCCAGAGGUGAAAGGGCAGCUUUUGCGGAACUCACGAAUACAAUCAACAUAUCGCCAGAGAAAUUUAGUAACUCACCGUUGCAAGCCUUGUUUAAUGCUCCUACUUUAUGUACCCCUAAAACAAAAGCGAGAAAUUUGAACAGUAUCAUAAAUUCAAAUGGUCAUUACUUCAGGUCUAGAAAUGUUGGGCGUAGUAGUGGAGGGAAGUCUGUUUCUAGUCCAACACCUAGGAUUGAGGUAGGAACACCCAAGCAAAGUGGUGCGUCACCUGGCUUACCAAAGAGUGGUGGGUCAAAGAGGAGUCCACUGACCCCAAUGACAAAUUUGAAACUGUUAACACGCAUUGCAUCAAUGGAGGAAUCCUUGUCCACAAGUAGUAAGAAAGUGUUAUUUGAAAAGGAAAAUCAAAAUCAGGAGGUAUCCUCAUCAAAAAGUGUUUCUUCCCACAACUCUGGUCUUUUGCGUCGUAGGUAUAACAGUGAAUGCUUAGGACAGAGUGAAAAUGACUUUCCCAAAGAGGCGAAGGGUGUGUUACGGAAGCAUCCCACGAGUGACAAUUAUCCACCACCUAGUUCCCCUGGGAAUCUGGUUCUUGAAGGAGUAGGACAAAUUUCUUCAGUAGAUGAUUCAGUCACUGCUCGUCCGCCUGAAGUGUCGAGGAAGGAUAAAUCAUUGGGACUACUAAGUGAAAAGUUUCUGGAGCAGUUUCCCCUUGAAGUGUCCUUUCUUGAAACUCCAAGACGACUAGUCAUUGACGAGGUGGCUUCUUUGCUAGGAACAGAACGACGUAGGGUCUAUGACAUCAUCAAUGUGUUGGAGAGCUUGAACAUGGCCACUCGUGUUCAGAAAAAUAUGUACCAGUGGACUGGAAGACUUCAUCUGGAAGAGACUCUUGGUAGGCUCAAAGCUUUGGGCGAAAAGUAUGACAUUGCUGCUCAACUCCAGGCUUUGAAAAAUGAAGACAGUAAUGAAUUUAAGGUUCCUCAACAAAUUAAGCUGACAAAACCUGGUGAUGCUGAGAGAACAGAAUUAAGGAAAGAAAACUCCCUCAGCAUUCUGUGUCAGAAGUUCCUCAUGAUAUUACUUGUCAGUCCACAGCCUCACAUAAUCUCCCUGGAUAAUGCCAUACGGCUUCUUGUUGGGGAAGCAGGUGAGAGUGGAGAUCGCUUGCGGGCCAGAGGAAGACGACUGUAUGACAUUGCCAAUGUCCUGACGUCACUUGGGCUAGUGCGCAGAAUACCUGCGGCUAAAGCUUUCCAAUAUAUUGGUCCAGCGGUGGAUCCUAUAGUUAAUGAUGAUGAUACUUUUGGAAUUAUGCAACGAAAUUCACUACUACCCUCUCGCCGCAUGGUGAAUAGCGAAUCCAAAGAAAACAUCAACAAUUAUGGUGAUCAUGAAGUGACACCUUCUGAUGUUGCUCCUCCCGUCCAGAAAAGAGGACGUCCCAGGAAAUUAGCCACAGCUUUCACAACUUCUACUCUACCAGCACCUAAAAGGUCCAGACUUCAGAGAACACGAAGUGAAGAUGUCAUCUCCAACCCGAAAAAGUUAACCCGGAAUCCUUCCUUACACGACAUAUGCCAGGUGGCAGAGGUGGAGAGAGAAAAACUUCUAAAGGAGCAGCAGUCUUGUCGAUCUCAGUCUAGCGAUGGUUUUGAAUCAGGUUGUGAAAGGGCAAAGAGAGUUUUCUCUUUUGAUGAGAAUGUGGUGCUUCCAAACAGUGACUUCCGACCCAUUUCAUCGGCAUGGUCAUCGUCAAUUUUGCAGUGUCGUUUGGCCAAGCGUGCAAAGAUACCCAUCGCUCUUACUUUCCAAAACCCAGAAGAUUAUGGGGCUGAAGGGGAAAGACAUUUAAACUCUCAGUUUGUUCCAAAUCCCAAGGAGAAUGCUGUAAAAAGUUUGAAUGGCAAGAUUGUGAAUAUGCAAAAAUCAAACAACAGUGUUGCCUGUCUUCACCCUAAGCCUGUGAAAGGAUCAAUGGAUCUUAAAAGAGACUCCUCAGGAUCAUAUAAAAUGCCUCUAGUCAAGAGAUGCCCGACCAUUACUGCACCACAACCCCAGAAUGCUGUUCAGCGGCCAUCUAGUCAGAGUUAUAUGAAUCAGGUGCAAACCAAAAGUCCCGUUAUCAUUGUAAAAGGGGGUGCUGUUGCGGCCAAAAGCUUCAGUCACUCUCGUGUUGUUCCUGUCGGUGACUCUAUUUCACAGGGCACGCAGGUCAUCAAGGUCAUCACGAAGACAUCUGGUUCGAAAGAGCAAGAUGCAUCAACAGUUAUGACUGUGCUACCUGCCAACCCCUCAGGAAAACCCUUUACUAUGCAACCUAAACAGAUCCGAAAUACUAGCGGUUGCUUUCAGCAAGUAUCCGAAGGGAUAUAUACUAAUGGACAAAAGAUCACCGUGAGCUCCUCUUCCAGUCUGCUGGGCCCCGAUGGGAGUAGUGUAAGGCGAAAUUCAGCAGAAGGAAAGACGCCCAGUUCAUUUGUUGUGUUUACUGUCUCUGAUAAUCAGGCAGGUCAAAGGACCUUAUCGAAAUUGCCAAAGGGUGAUGGAUUUUCAGUGUCACUUCAUAAGCCCUCUUGUGCAAAUAAUGUCAACCAGGCUAAAGUUGGUGAACACUUCAGCAGUGGUAUUUCCUUAUUAACAUCUGCUCCUCUUCACCUCACAAGGAAGGUGGAACAAGUGUCAUCAGUUGAUGGAGACUGCGAGAAUAGACAGCAGCCAGCCGCAUUAGUUAAUAGGAAUAAUUUGAGUGGUGGUACCUCCUGGCAACCGUCUCCUGAUGGUUCAAGCACUGAUAGUGAAUUAGAACAGAUCUUUGGAGAUCCUUUCAGUUUUGCACGUCCAAAAGCCCUCGUCCCUUCAAAUGUGAAAUCUCAGUCUCUCAAUGAUAAGAGUUGACUUCUUGAGCACCAGAAAAAUGCAGCUGGAUACCAAGCUGAAACCUGAUAGUAUGGUGACAUAAUGGAAUGGUGGCUUUAAAUUCUGGUUUGCAAUGGUUGGAUUUUUAUUUUAAUAAAUAUGUUGCUUGCUAACUCUGGUAAGAAGUCUACAUAAAAUUAAUCUGUUAAUUACAAAUUGUGCAUGAAAUAUAUCUAAUAUAACAGUACAUACUGAACUCUUUGGAAACCACUGUUCAUAAAAGAAAUUCUAAGUUUGAAGAUCAUAUGUUAAGAUUUGCCCUUGUUGAGUAGAAUGUUUGAUAAUUUAUUAUCUUAAUCACAGAGUCCCUAUAUCUUCAAAAUAACUAAAAACAUAAGGUCCAAAUAGGUGCAGUUUUGGAUUAUGCAGCCAUACCUGCAGUACAUUGGGUGAUUUAAGGAUUUCACAUUACUGCCUUUUGACAUUAUUGAAAGUGUUUGGUUGUUGUUUCAAGUGUGUGCACUUGAGAACUAUUUAACUUUGUUCUUACAUUGCUGUAUCCUUUAAUUGCUUAAGGGAAUUUCCUAGAUUUGUUAGACUUGUUUCUUGCCAUGAAAGAAUUUCCAAUUUUUUGCCAUGAUGGAAUUUCCAAUAUACUUUGCAUAUUUUACUCUUCGGCACUGAAUUCUAUUAUUACUGCUCUGUUUAGUUCAAGAGAGAAAUGAAACCACCGAUAUCUCUUGAGGAUGUUACCUGCUUGCCUCUUGACCAUUUUGAUUGGCCUGUGUGUAUGUGUAAUAUACAUAAUCCAAUACUUUUGUGUUAUGUUAUAUGGUUGCUGAGUGUGUGCAUAUUUUAUGCUGCUCUUCAUAGUCAGUUACUUGUUAUAUAUACAUGUUUUAACACUUCUAUCUCUUAUUGUGUAUCUUGGUUUUUAAUGCCUUACCUUGAGGGCAAUUAAAUUGCCCAUACCUCAAAAUGGUUAUUUCAGAACUGAGUACUUAUUCUUAUGAAUGGGCAUUCAUUUAGCUUUUUUAUUUUCUAUAAAAAAAGGAAGCCUGUCCUUUGUAAUAGAUAUUUCCAAAGCCCCACACACAAAACACAGUGGACUGCAGAAAUUUUGAAGGUUUCAAAUGAAAGUGGAUUUGCUCUUUUCAUAAAAGAGGGGUAAGUAUGUGUCUGAUAAGGAUCUUUCUCUUAUGCAUCACAUGGUAGCUU